AUGUCGGGAUACCGCGUCGAGGUUGCUUCUAGCGCGCGUGCUGGAUGCAACGGGCCCAUGCCUUGCAAGGGCACUAAAAUCGCAAAGGGCGAACUGCGUCUUGGCUCCUGGGUCGCCUUCCAGGAUAAAGGCUCGUUCAAGUGGCGUCACUGGGGAUGCACCUCGGAGAAGGUCCUCAGCAACCUGAAGGACAACUUUGACGAGGCGUCCGAGUUGGAUGGCUUCGACGAGCUCCCUCAAGCAUACCAGGACAAGAUUACUGAGGCGUGGAAGGUCGGUCACGUCGACCCCGACGACAUCCCCGAGUCGGCGAAGAAGGCCGACGGCGACGAUGAGGACAAUGAGGACGACUCUCCGAAGAAGAAGACACCCAAGAGGAAAGCGCCGGCGAAGAAGAAGAAGGCCGACGCGGACAGCGACGACGACGGCUCUCCGAAGAAGAAGCCCGCCAAGAAGGCCGCACCCAAGAAAGCCCCUGUCACGAAGUCUAGAAAGAAGGCGGAUACGCCGUCCGAGUCGGAGCUGGAUGAGAUGACGGCCGAGGAGAGUGAGGCCGAGCUGUCGUUGAGCGAGGAGGAGAAGCCCAAGCCCAAGGGCCGCAAGCGCAAGCAGGAGACUGAGGAUGAGGAGAGCGAGGAGGAGAAGCCCAAGCCGAAGAGGAAGGUUGCACCCAAAAAGGCUCCCGCUUCCAAGGAGAAGAAGGUGCCGGUACCCAAGGAGAAGAAGGCGCCGGCUUCCAAGGAGAAGAAGGCGCCGGCUUCCAAGGAGAAGAAGGCGCCGGCUUCCAAGGAGAAGAAGGCGCCGGCUUCCAAGGAGAAGAAGGCGCCGGCGUCGACGGCCAAUGCGCCGACUAAGGAGAAGAAGCCGAGCUCGAGAGCCAAGGCCCCCUCAUCGAAGGAGAAGAAGGCCCCCGCAUCCCAGGACAAGCCAGUGCGCGCCACGGGAGCGCGUCGGGUGCCGGCGAGCGACGAAGAGUGA